UUGGGCGUCAAACCGCACACGCAUGAUCCCCAACAAUGGCGACGGCGGCGUGCGGCGGCUCCGUCGCUAGUUGCUGACGUGCCAUCAGACACCCCAGCCGUCGCCGCCACGGCUCCCAGCUAUCGGUCUCUGGCGUUCCCCUAAACACCUCCCAUGGCGUCCCCUCCGCCCCUGCCCCCCGCCGCGCUCAUCGCGCAUCUCGCCGUUGUGCUCUCCUCGCCGGACUGGCGCUUCCACCCCUCGCUCCCGCACCUCCCGGCCCUCCUCGCGCCGUCUCUGCCCCGCACGCACCUCGUCCCGCUCCCGCUCCGCCUCGCGGCCGCCGUCGCCCGGGCAGCCGCGCCGUCCCGCCACCUCCUCGACAUCUCCCUCCCGGUCGUGCUCCGCCUCCACGCGCUCUCCCCGCCGCCGCUCCGCCCGCUCUUCGACCGCCCCUUCCUCUCCCUCCUCGCCCACUUCUCCCGCUUCGCCCUGACGCCGCUCAUGCUCCGCCUCUUCGCGCACAUGCACCGCCACGCCCCGCCUGCCCCGACGGGCGCCACCUACAAUGCACUCAUCCGGGCCCUCUGCCGCCGCGCCGACCUCCGCCGCGCCCAACGGUACCUCAGCCUCAUGGUCCGCUCUCGCUGUCGCCCCGACGCGUUCACGUUCAACUCCCUGAUCGUGGGUUACUGCCGCACACAGCAGGUUGAAGUGGCCCAAGACGUGUUCAACAAAAUGCCGCUUAGAGGGUUCCGGCAAGAUGCAGUCUCUUAUGCUGCACUGAUUGAAGGACUAUGUGAGACAGGGAGGAUUGAUAAGGCACUGGAGUUGCUCAGGGAGAUGGAGCAGCCAGACAUGCACACUUAUGUGGCCUUGGUGAAGGGGUUUUGUGAUGCCGGCAGGGGGGAGGAGGGGCUCUGCAUACUGCAGAAGAUCAAGGAGCUGGGGUGGAGGCCAAACACUCGUGCUUAUGCAGCACUAGUCGAUUUGUGGUGUAGAGAGAGGAAGGUUGAUGAGGCUGAGAAAAUGCUGGAGGAGAUGUUUGACAACGGAUUGGCUCCUUCGGUUGUAACGUGCACUGCUGUUGUGAAUGCCUACUGCAGGGAGGGGAGGAUGAAUCGUGCGGUGAGGGUGUUUGAAUCCAUGAAGUUGAAAGGGUGCGAGCCAAAUGUGUGGACAUACAAUGCAUUAGUGCAAGGUUUCUGUAAUGGGAGGAAAGUGUACAAAGCAAUGGCUUUGUUGGACAAGAUGAGAGCAUGUGGAGUAGAGCCGGAUGUUGUGACUUACAAUUUGUUGAUUCGAGGCCAAUGCAUUGAUGGGCACAUAGAGAGUGCUUUCAGAUUACCCCGUUUGAUGGAAGGAGAUGGUUUAGCUGCCGAUCAGUACACUUGCAAUAUGCUGAUUGAUGCUCUGUGUAAAGAUGGGAAAACCAAUGAAGCUUGCUCUCUUUUUGAUGGCCUGGAAGAUAGAGGUGUAAGACCUAAUUCUGUGACAUUCAAUACACUGAUAGAUGGGUUAUGCAAGGCUGGUAAAGUCGAUGUUGCACAAACAUUUUUGGAAAAGAUGAUCUCAGCUGGUUGUGCACCAGAUACCUAUACAUACAGUCCAUUCAUUGAAAAUCUAUGCAAAACCAAGGGAUGGCAAGAAGGAUUAUCUUUUAUAGAUGAGAUGCUUCAAAAGGAUGUGAAGCCCUCGAUUGUCAACUAUACAAUUGUAAUUGACAAGCUUUUCAAGGAGAGAAACUAUGGAUUAGCCACAAGAAUGUGGGGGCAAAUGGUGUCACUGGGGUGCAGUCCUGAUGUAGUCACUUAUACUACGUCUGUGCGUGCAUAUUGCAAUGAAGGCAGGCUUGAUGAAGCAGAAAAUGUUGUGAUGGAAAUGAACAAAAGUGGGGUCACUGUUGAUGCAAUGGCAUAUAACACUUUGAUGGAUGGGUUUGCAAGUAUUGGGCAGACAGAUCAUGCAGUCACAAUCUUGAAGCGCAUGAAAAGUGUGGCUUCUAUGCCAAACCAUUUUACCUUUCUGAUCUUGCUUAGACAUCUUUUACAGAUGAGGUUGGCUGAGCAUGUGCCUUUGAAACCAACUUGUGUAUGGAAGACCAUAGAGCUUGCUGAUGUCUUUGAAUUGUUUGGGCGAAUGAAGAAGAAUGCUGUUCCUUCUAGUGCAAGAGCUUAUUUGGCCAUCCUGGAAGGGUUUUCUGAAGAUAGAAGAUUGGAUGAGGUGACUUCAUUAGUUUCUCGUAUGAAAGAAGAUAAUCUACCUCUGAAUGAAGAUCUAUACACUGCUCUUGUUAAUUGCUUUUGCAAAUUGAGGAUGUAUCCUGAUGCUUGGGCGUUGCUUUGUUCCAUGAUUGGACAUGGUUUUUUACCAAAUCUGUUGUCUUACCAGAAUCUGCUUUCUGGGCUUACUGCUGAAGGACAAGCGGAUAGGGCUAAAGAAAUAUUCAGAGAUUCCAGAUGGAAAGACUACAAUCCUGAUGAAAUUGUUUGGAAAGUUAUUAUUGAUGGCUUGAUAAGAAAGGGUCACUCAGAUAUGUGCCAUGACAUGAUAUCCAUAUUAGAACAGAUGAACUGCAAACCACGUGAUGAAACGUAUGCAAUGCUGACUGAGGAAUUGUCUUCUAGGGAAUAGGCUGUGUAUCAGGCUAUGCACGCCAGAAUUGCAUAGAGCAUGGAUCAUUGAACACACAGUCACACACACUGCGUUCAUGCCCUCAGAUAGAAGUGUGCAUCGUCGAAGUUCUGUAAAGUGGUGCUCCUUGUGAUCUGAGAAGCUGGAGACAUGGGACAUCAGACUGUUGAUGCAUGGAUGCCUUAGGGGGAAAAAAGAUUAGCCAAGGAUCACUUUGCCAUAAUCAACCCAUUUUUGCGGGUUCAAUUGCCAGGUAUUUUUAUCUGCGCAACAUAGAGCAGCGGGUCCAAGAAACCAAGAAACACACAAAAUAAAUUAAGAAGAGGCCCACCGAAGCCUGGCCGGGGCAGCAACCUCACCAGGUCUGGUUCUUUGGCAGCCUGGGACCCAUCUGCAUCCGUUGCACAGGGAGGUGGGCACAAAUCACCCACCAAUGCCAUUAUGAAAAAUUAAAUAUAAAAUAUCAAUUAGCUA